AUGGCGAACGGCUGGGUGCACUCGUUCGCCGGCAGGGCUGCUCGAAUCUUCGCUAAGGGUCAGCCUUCGACAGUCGCGCUUGGUCUCUUCAGCCGUCGGGAAAUGAAGCUCUUCGCCGGCGUUUUCCCGCUUUCGAUUGCACGAUUUCUGACGCCUAGAACUCGCCGGACUGGUGCUGCUCUUGCCGGAAAUCCCGUCGCUGAGGCUUGGUGCUCUUGCCGUCGGAUGGCCGGAGGUCAGAGCUCAAAGGUCUCGGAGGUCGUCGGCGCGCACGGACUCCUCGUAGCCAGAAAUGGCUGGCUCUCGAAUUCGCUGGUUCUGCUCGUAGUCGGGCUGGUGGUGAUCGACUCGCCGGAACAUUGUGCCCUUGCUGUCGAAAAAAAACAAAGCUCUGCCGUGAGGGAUGGCUGGUACAAUUGGGCCAUCUCUGCGAAUUCUCUGUGA